AUGCUUUUCCGCUCGAUCGUGGACAGAAGUUUGGGUUCACGGAGGAGAAACGGUGAGUUUUAUCGAUCCGGUGAUUGAUUUUGUUCUUCAGUUUAACGUUCGAUCUUCUUUGAUUUGUCUGUUUCAUUAACGGAGACAUGUUCGUGUUUUAUUUGUGGUUUAAAAGCUGAUUAAAUAAAAUCUUUACUCCAGUUUAAACAAACGUAAAAUUACGUGAUUGCGUCAGUACGUCUGCAGCUCUGUGAGACGGCCGGUGUUGUGCCGUAAAAUGCUCUCGUGCUGAAGAGUGACCGCGGGUAAAAGUUCAAAACAAAGAGAAAUAAUCCGAGUUUUCCUGACUGUGCGAUGGAUUUAAAAACGUUUAAUGAUUUAAUGUUUUCUACUUUAACUGUACAGUUCAUACACCGAACUAAACCUAACCAUGGAGUUCAUACACCGAACUAAACCUAACCAUGGAGUUUAUACACCGAACUAAACCUAACCAUGGAGUUUAUACACCGAACUAAACCUCUAAAUGUGGAUUUUUCAGACCCAUAGAAACAGAAGGAGUUUCCUGCUCCAUCCGAUCUGUUUUAUGAUCUAAAACUCGUGUUUUUUUAUAAAUAUCAGAUCAUUUUCUUCCACUUUAAGAAGGUCAGGAGAAUACCGGAUGCAGGGGAGCAUUUUACGGCAGAACACCGGAAGUCUUCCUGACGUUCCAGGAGGUUUUCGCGGUAAAAUGUUCCGGUUUCACCGACAGUGAAAAGUGAGAGAUUUUAGCUGAAGUAUCAGAAAAUAAACUUUAAUUAAAGGUUUUCAGUUAUAAUGUAGAAAUGAAAAUAAACGGCGAUGAUAAACUCCAACGUUAAAGUCUAAUCCUAACUUAACCCUUCAAAGAUAAACUCAUUUAAUCCUAAUUAUUCUUUAUGUAAACGAAGUUAAACUCUGACCAGUAUUUGUGUAUUUUUGUCUUUAUCUGUUUUAUGGAGUAAAACAUCUUUGAGUGUUUAUGAAGUAAAAAGCUUCUUUAAUUUUAAUACUUGAUAUAAACUCACUGAUCAUAAUGACAGUUAAGGCAGCAUCUACUGUAUAUCUUCAUUUAGACGUUAUAUGGUUUAACUGUGAUGUUGGCUCUGAAGCUCUCUCUGCAGGGUUCUGGCCCGGUUCCCCCCUGAGUUCUCUGCUGGACGGGUUCCAGUGUGUUCGACACGAUGAACAUGUCUCCUAUGGAAACCUGGGAGACUCUGUUCCUCCGUUUGGACUGGCCUUCUCCUCCGGUAACUAAACACGUCAGAACACGUUCAGAAAAACAACAGGAGGGUUCAGAAUUCAACCAUCAGACCAACAUGGGCUCUCUCUCUCUCUCUCUCUCUCUCUCUCUCUCUCUCUCUCUCUCUCUCUCUCUCUCUCUCUCUCUCUCUCUGUAGUUAACAGCCUGCAGAACAUCCUGGCAGCAGCGAAUGAAGAGGGAAUAGUUCGGAUCUACGACACAGAGAGUCGAGGAAAAGUUCUCAAAGGUCCGUGUAAUAAUCCCCCCCCCCUCGAAUAAUAAUCAGUUCAUAUUUUUUGGACUCGUUUGGACGUGGACUCGUUUUGGUUAAACGUGUGUUCAUGUCUUCUGUUUUUCAGAGUGGCUGGCUCAUGAGAACGCCGUGUUUGACAUCGCUUGGGUACCAGGGGAACCUCAACUCGUACGUAAAACUCACUCCAUGAUGUUCACGAUGUUUAGUCGGGAAAUGUCUGAUCUAGUGUGGUGGUCAAAAUAACAUCUGACAACAACAACAACAACAACGUCUUACAACAACAACAACAUCUUACAACAACAUCUUACAACAACAACAACAUCUUACAACAACAACAACGUCUUACAACAACAACAACAACAUCUUACAACAACAACAACGUCUUACAACAACAACAACAACAUCUUACAACAACAACAACAUCUUACAACAACAUCAACGUCUUACAACAACAACAUCUUACAACAACAACAACAUCUUACAACAACAACAACGUCUUACAACAACAACAACAACGUCUUACAACAACAACAACAUCUUACAACAACAACAACACCAGCAGCAGCAGCGAUCAUCAACAAACUGAAAGAUUCCUUAUUUAAUAAUGAAAGUCAAAGACAGAGAGCUCUUUCUCUCCUUGGGUCAUGUUGUUCAUGCGUUCAUGUUGUUCAUGCGUUCAUGUUGUUCAUGUGUUCAUCCGUAGGUGACAGCAGCUGGUGAUCAGACGGCCCGGCUCUGGGAUGUGAAGUCUGGGGACCUGUUGGGCAGUUUUAAGGGUCACUUAUGCAGCUUAAAGUCCGUCUCAUUUUCACCGCAGGAGAAAGGUUUGACCUUUAACCUUUCAACCUUUAAACUCAUGAUUUUAGAUUUUUACACGAUUCAUGAUUGAUUGAUUUAUUUAAAUGCCUACGUAGCUCCUGUUUAAUCUUGUUAGUUAUUUAUGUUCUUCUAUUUUAUCUGCUUAUAUAUUUUAUAAUGAAACUGUUUUUAAUUCUGCUGUUUUCAGUCUCCUCACCGUUAUCGUUUUCACCUUAUUGUGACAAUAAAAUAUUCAUAAUCAAAUAUUCAUCUUUGUUUUCUGUCGUCGUGCAGCUGUCUUCUGUACCGGGGCCAGAGACGGAAAUAUUAUGGUCUGGGACACCAGGUGCAGCAAAAAAGGUGAAAAUCAGGAGAAAAGUCGCCUGAUCAAAGAUUUAAUGUCGGAAAGUUUCUUCAUCUCUGAUCCUCUUCAAGAACCGAACUCACACACAGACACAAACACACACAGACACACACUUGUUAGAUAUCGUCCCUGUGGACCGCCCACGUUUGUCAGCCUUGUUUUUGUCCAGUGACGGCUGGGAUAGGCUCCGCCCCCUGGCCAAUAGAAAGUCUUUCAGGUAUUCUCGGUUGAGCUCAGGUGAGCGAUCAGAGGCGCUCUCUCAUAUUCUGAUGUCUCCGUCCCAGACGGUUUCUACAGACAGGUGAAACAGAUCAGCGGCGCUCAUAACAAAGCUGAGACAGCCCCUCCCAUCAGAGCCAAGAAAAGGCGGCCCACCCCCCGCGGCAUGGCGCCCAGCGUGGUAGGUGUUUUUAUUGAAGUGGAUUUAUUGGGAGUACCGGUCUGAACAGAGAGGAGGCUGAUCUUUGGUGGUUCUCUUCCAGGAUUCUCAGCAGAGCGUCACCGUGGUUUUAUUCCAGGAUCAGCAGACCCUGAUUUCUUCGGGCGCCGUUGAUGGGUAAGACCCCUCCCCCCUCCCUCUGUGAUCAAAGAAAGUUUGAAAAUGACGAUUUUUCCGAUUUUGACUGUUUUCCUCUCCAGAGUGAUCAAGAUGUGGGACCUGAGGAAGAACUACACCGCACACCGUCAAGACCCCGCCCCCCUGCAGACGUACCCCUACCCGGGCUCCUGCACGCGCACGAGACUGGGUGAGUUUGACACUUGGAUCCAGAAUCUUCUGGACGGUUCAUCAGUGAAAACAGAGCGGGGGGGUCGACCAGUUCGGACCGCUUAAACGGGUCUGUUUUAGGGGCGUGGCCAGGUGGACCCACAAACUCCAGGUUCAGUUCAGGAUCUGCGGGCUUAGGUCGUGUGGACGUCAUCACACGGCGCUAACAGUGUCCCAUUUGGCUUGUGAUUCUGAGCGCGCUUCAGAUGCGGUCCCAAAACCACCCUGACCCCGCCCCUUUUUUCGAGCGUGAUUUGAUGCACACUUCCUGGCCUUGGAAUCCCAGAAUUCUUUGAGUGACGCUGCACAGCUGCGCAUUUCAGGUGAGAUGUCAGACUCACCUGGAGACGCAGGAAAUCCAAGAACACAGUCAGCUCAGGCUGCGUGAGCGCGUGACCUCUGACCUCCUGAAAAUCUGUAAACCAAACACGAUAAACUGAUCGGCUCUGCGACACGAUCAAACACACCAGAAAUAAGAAAGACGACAAAACGACAGCAGCGAUUAAAGUAAAUAAAGUCAUGAAGCUCCGCCUCUCUGACACCGGCGGUAACCUCCACCCGCAGAGACACCAACCAAUUAUCAACUUUAUUCUCAUAAAUUAACGACUUUAAUCUCAUAAAUUAACGACUUUAAUCUCAUAAAUUAACGACUUUAAUCUCAUAAAUUAACGACUUUAAUCUCAUAAAUUAACGACUUUAUUCUCAUAAAUUAACGACUUUAAUCUCAUAAAUUAACGACUUUAUUCUCAUAAAUUAAUGACUUUAAUCUCAUAAAUUAACGACUUUAUUCUCAUAAAUUAAUGACUUUAAUCUCAUAAAUUAACGACUUUAUUCUCAUAAAUUAACGACUUUAAUCUCCAAGUCUUAAAAAAAAUCCUUAUUUUAUGUUGCCUGAUACUUCGUCGGACAAAACCUUCGCCAUCAUGGAUCAAUCAGGUGUUAUUGAUCUGUAAAGUCCGUCCCUCUUUGUCGUUUGUUGUAAACUCUUGUGUGUCUCUCAGUGUGUGUUGUUUUGUGUGUGUAUCUUCUGUUGUGUUUAUGUAGUGUAUGUGUAGACUGCUGAGGGGGCGGAGACCUCAAUAAUGAACUCAUGUGGUUCUUGAUGAAUAAAUGGACCCUGAGAACCAGAACCAGAAGUUUUUAAUUUUAAUAUUAAAUAUGAAUUUAAUUUUUAAUAACUUUAAUAUUUCAGGUUAUUCAGGACUCGCUCUGGACUCCUCCAGAUCCAACAUCAUGUGUAACUGCACUGACGACAGCAUCUACAUGUUCAACAUCAGCGGGAUAAAAACCACUCCAGGUAAACGCCUCAUGAAAUCACCGCCUUCUCCGACCACCAGGUGGGGCUGUAAACCAGGGUGAUAGAGAGAGUUCAGUAUCAGGGCUCUGUUUCAAAGACGUUCACAGAUAAACGAACAGGUUUGAACAUUCGUGUCAGAAAAAGAUGUAAAGAUUUAAUGAGUUAUUGAUCCUCCAGAUAAUCAGACUGUCGGCUCGUUUAGACACAGAGGACCGAUCGAUGUUAAUGAUCGGUAGAAGAAUCGUUUCACGGUUCUCAUGGUGUGUUUUUGUUUUUUUUUCGUCCCAGUUGCGGUUUUCAGCGGUCACCAGAACUCGUCCUUUUAUAUCAAAUCCUCCGUCAGUCCAGACGAUCAGUUCUUGGCGAGUGGCUCAAGUGACAACCACACCUACAUCUGGAAGGUACCGAUGAUUCUGCUGCUCUGAAACAGAACCGCGUUUGGGUCUGUGGUGUUCUGAUGGGAUCAGGACCGUGUUUGAGGAUUUGUUGUCUUUUAUUUUGAAGGUCUCCGACCCCACACUUCCUCCCCUGAUGCUCCAAGGCCACAGUGAGGAGGUGACGUGUGUUUCAUGGUGUCCCACAGACUUCACCAAGGUGACGCCAUGACUCAGCUGUUAGGAGAAUUAACCCGAACCCUGUCAGAAUCUGGAGAUAAAUAAACAUAUAUAAAUAUAAUAAACAUACUGUAUAUAUAAAUAUGUUUAUUAAUAUAAUGACGGUUGAAUCCGGCUGAUGGCGUUGGUUGUAAACGGCGUUUUUCUCUCCUCGGCUCUGUCGGCAGAUUGCGACCUGCUCCGAUGAUCACACUGUUCGGAUUUGGAGACUUCACAGGGACAUGGAUGGAGUCCAGUCUUCAGUGGGGGAGGCCAACCUUGUGGGCUGGGCCCGUCACAGACCCCCCUCAGGUAAGUCCUGGACCUCUGAUGAACCUCAGGUUCAGGUCGACACGGUUUCUCAUGUGAACUUCUGUUUUUGUUUAGGACCUGAAGUCCAACCCGAGUCCACUCCUGCGAAGACCCCGCGGACAGAGAGUCUUUGUGGACUGUCCUCCCCACAGCUGGCUGUCUGUGCUCCCAGCGGCGCCGCCCUGCCUCUCCCCUCCAUCACCACCUCACCUCUCCCCUCUCAGGACGCCAAAGCUGCGGCGGCCCGUCAGAGAACCCCGUCCACCAUCAGACAGUGGCUGUCCCCGAACCGUGGGUCUCCCGUCCGGGUCAGCCCUUCCAUCCACAUGGUGCCGAGUCCACGUCCUGAGAGCCCGGCGAGUGCCCCCCCUCCAACAGAGCGGCGUGCCAAACGCAGGCUAGAAACCGAAGAAAGCUCGACCACAAGCUGCGAGAGCGCCGAAAAGUGCACCUGUGUUUCUGAACUGGACCCCGCAGCCAAGAGGAGCCGGGUCCUGUCUGAGUUCUGCUGCCCGGCUCGAGUCCAAACGGACUGUCCCGCUGAGGACAGAGAGCGAUCGUCCCCGAGACAGAAAGACAAGGAGAACUUUUCUCCAAGGAGAGCGGACUGGUUAUCAGUGAUGGGCCAAAAGAUGAGGAACGGUCAGGGAAGUUCUCCCAGAAGCCCCAGCACGUCCAAAAAGACGCCGGGCUCUCAGGUGAGUUCACCUGUGGAAGUUUUCCUGACAGUGAAGAGACUCGGGAUCUCUCCUGAGAACUGUUCCCUCAGCAGCUGUGAGAUUAUUAUCAUGAGAUUAAAACAAUCGAAGAACUUUUCAUACUUUAGAAUUUGAUAUAAAAACAGUUUUUCAUACCCGAGAAUCGAAGAGCGAUUGUAAAACUAAAGAUUUUACUGACAUGAGUGUUAAAGUUUCAUCUUCAUCGUCCGACCUUCAUCAGUCCGUUAAAUCAUGUUUAUGGAGAAACAUGAAGAUUCAUAUUAAGGUCAACUCUGUAUGACUGAAAUAAAAACUCACUGACUGCAGAUGAAGGUCUGUGUUCAUGCAUGGAAAUGAGUUUUAACCUUUGACCUUUCUGCCCUUGUUGAUUUCAGACCACCUCCUCACCUCAGGCGAUGAAGAAAAUCUCCACCUACUUCACCAGGAGGCCUCUGGACUGA